AUGGAUUUCAAUGAUGAAGUUUCGACCAUAUCUUCCAUUUCAAGCAUUGUAUACUUGGUAGGAGCUGUUUGUUUUCUUAUUAAAUGUUUAUCUUGGCAUGAAUGUUUUAAGCUCUUUGCUGACAUUUGCAAUGAUCUGUUCUUGUUUCUCUCACAAGCUAGGAAUUUUUUUUCUUGUUCUUAUAUUCGGUACUCUUUGCAGACAACAUAUGAGAACUUCAGGUACCGAUAUGAUCGCCGUGCAAACCCCUACAACCUUGGUGUAGUGGAAAAUUUUAAAGAGAUCUUCUUCACAAGCAUCCCUCCCUCCAAAAACAAUUUUCGGGCGAGAGUGCCUCAAGAGCAAGGUCUACAACCCCGACAAUCUGCUGGAGGUUUUAUGAGCCCAAAUAUGGGAAAAGGUGUGGUAGAUAUCGAAGUGGGAAGGAAGGCCAUGGCUUGGGGAGAACAUGAGGCUGCUGCUUGUAUUGACAUAGAUGCAGGUCUCAGGAAUGAAGCAACUGAUGAUAAAGAUGGUGGGUUGAAUGAAUCAUCCUUAGGUUCAGAUCAUAUACUUCCAUUUGAGGGCUUGGGAGUUCGAGCUGCUGUGGAACAUCGUCAGAGGCCCUUGAGUUGGGGGGAGGAGCAGUGGUAGUUGGGACAUGCAGUCUUAGGCUUCGUUUGGGACGGUUUUCUUCUUGCUUCUUAAAGCGUCUUUUUAGUACAAAUUUUUAAAUUUUUAACUAAAAAGUCGCUUUAAAAAGCAGUAAGAAAGCCGUCCCAAACGAAACCUUAAGCUUUUGCUUUGUGUUCCAUACGCGGUUAUUCCGAUCGUGUUGAUGGAAGUGUCCCUCCAGGCAUGAAUUCAAUACUCAUUAGGUUUAUUUGUUUUGUUGAAAGGUUUGUGGCUUAGAGGAACUGAUGAUUUACUAGUUUUAGGUUUCCACUCAAGUUUGCUAAUGGAAGGGAAAUGAUUAUUGUACUUCUAUAAAUUUGUCUUGUAUAGUUGUAUUAUUAUUGCGGCAUCGCUGAUCGGAUUCGAAUUCCUAUUCUCUGUUUUCUCACGAAUUCUACAGGACUGAAGCUCUGUAUAGUUGUGUAAUCUCUUGUUCUAUUAAAGUUCUCCAAUCUUUAAUUAUUUUGGCUAGUUUUGUAUGAAGUUUGACAUUGUAAGUUUGUGAACUAUGAGCGGGAUAAGCUGAUGAAUAAAAAUUUUAUGACAAUAUUUUGAUA